AUGACUGUUUUCCUUGUUAUUAUUGCUGCUGCAUUUGCUUUGUUUGAUGUCGCAUAUUACAUUAGAGUUGUAAUUUCAAUAAUUCUGUACACACGAAAAGGAAAAUUUAGGCGAAUGUCCAUUUUGGAUGAAAGUAUGAUAAAUGGAGUCUGUUGGACAAGUGAUCUAGAUGCAAAUUGGCACAUGAAUAAUUCCCGCUAUCUCCGUGAGUGUGACUUUGCCAGGAUGAAACUAUUUCUGGAAAAGGGCAUUUUUAGUGGACUUUGGAAAAGCAAUGCUUCAAUAACUAAUGGUGGAAGUACAAUAAGAUACAGAAAAUCUCUACAACUCAUGGACUUUUUCCUCAUAAAAUCAAAAAUACUCCACUGGGAUUCAAAGGCAUUUUACCUAGAGCAUCAAAUAAUAGAAACAAAAACCAACUUUGUGUCGGCUAUUGCACUGGUCAAAAUGGUUGUGAAAGGAGCCAGUCCAGACACAGUGCUAAAUAAAAUGGACAUCAACUUAAAAUCACCAACACCACCACCUGAGCUACAAAAACUUAUAGAACUAAAUCAGAUCUCUAGUGAAAAACUCAGAAAAGCUAUGUAAACUGUAACUUAUCAAUGAUAUAAUCAAUGUAAACUGUGAUAAAGAAAUUAAUCAGUAUCUAAUGGAAACUCAAGGAAACCAUGUAAUGUUAACAAUGUAUUUUAGAAUAAGGUCAUUUUAAAACAUUAUAGUGGCAGGAGCAGUAUUAAUAUCAGAGACUGUUUCUUUCUAACUACUACUGAGGUACCUUUUUUCCACAUGGUAUUAAUUUACGAGGUAUGCUAUGUAUGCAGUCACAAAUUUUUCGCAGAAGUUUGUCCAAGCAUACUUUAAGUACAUUUAAGACAUGUAGUAGCGAUCUAAGAAAUCCACAUAUUUUUUUACUCCGGGAUAUUACAGAAAUUGAUUCUGCGGAAUUUUGACUCCAUAAAAACAUAGGUAAUCAAAGAUUACGAAGCUCACCUCGACGAAGGUUAUCUAUAAGUAAGGCAAAUCUCACAUCAUAUUUUUUCUAGUUAGUGUUCAUCCCAAGAUCAAUAUCCAUACAAGUUUGGCUUAAGAAGGACUUAUAGAUACUUGGAAAUAGACCUGCUCAAAAAACUUUUAACCUGUUUACUAAUCAAGAAAAUUUGGUCAGUUCCAACAUCCAAAGCAAGUCUGGAAGUUUUCAUCCUUAGAUGCACCAUCCAUGCAAGUUUAAUCAUAACAUGUCAUAAUAUUAUAUAGCUACUCCAAAAACAUUACUCUGGUCACUCAUCUGGAAAAUGUAGGUCAGAUUCAGAAUCCAAAACAAGUCUGAAAGUGUCCAUCCUAAGAUACAUCAUUAAAAUAUGGCUAAAAUUCACUCAUCUGGAAAAUCUAGGUCAGAUUCAGCAUCCGAAGCAAGUGUGGUAGUGUCCAUCCCUAGUUGCAUCAGCCAUGCAAGUUUGGUUCAGGUAGGGCUUAUAGUUACUUGGGAAUGGACCUGCUCCAAAAACUUUAACCUGGUCACUUAUCUGGAAAAUCUAGGUCAGAUCCAGCAUCCGAAGCAAGUGUGGUAGUGUCCAUCCCUAGAUGCAUCAUCCAUGCAAGUUUGGUCCAGGUAGGGCUUGUAGUUACUUGGGAAUGGACUUGCUCCUAAAACUUUAACCUGGGACAUUGACGCCAACGCUGGGUGUAUAGCAUAAGCUCAUCUCGACUUCGUCGAGGUGAGCUAAAAAGUACAUUUUCAGUAUGUAUUAUUUCAUCAUCUUACCUGAUAUCAAAUAAAAGGGUUCAACUCUGUUUAAUCUAAGAUUCUUUAUUAUGUCUUCCUUUCAGUGCCUCUUGUUUUACCACAAAUUCAAAUGUUUAUUAGCAAUCUGUCAGUGAAAUGAUAUGUAUUGAAAAGAUACCAUAUGCUAUUGGACAUCUAGGGUGAAAUGAACAUUGAUAAUAAUAUGAGAUACGUAGAUAUUCAUAUCAUUGAAGCAGAGAAACUUUUCGCAUUAAUUCAAUGUUAUUAAAGCUGGUGGGUAUCUUUAAUAAUAUAUUCCUCUUUUGGAAGAAGUUCCUUUAUUUUGUUAAUUUAUAUACAAAUUGCAAAAUUAUGCAUACUUAAGUUUGACGUGCUACUGAGGAUGCAUAACAAAUUAUGAAAUUUAUUCAACAUUCAUACUUAAAUGAUACUCAAAAAGUCACUUGAAAUGAGUGGCUGGUUUGGAUGAGACCCUAAAAUCUUCAGAUCUGUGUCAUGGUAGGCAUUAGCACACUAAAGAAUCCUCAUUGCUCAAUGGCUUUGAUUGCCAAGUAAUGAUAUGUUUGAACCCUUUGACCUGCAUAUUAAAUGCUACAUUUUGUAGCUAUGUCUCGCACCCUUAAGUGGAACAACCUUGUAAGGGAAGUUAAACUUAAAUCAAUCAAGUAGUUGCAGCUGUUGUACAUGUAUAAUAACACUUCAUUGCAAAUGUUCAUUUAUACCAUAUACAUUUAUCAUUUAAAUCAUAUAUUAUAUACUACCUGAAGAAUGUACCACAUUAAAGUGCACAUCAAUACAUGUA